AUGACUGGUGACGGUGACCGUUUUGAAAUUGAACGUAUUGUUGAUAAGCGAUACCGAAAUGAUCGUCUUGAAUAUCUCAUCAAAUGGCGAGGGUAUCCUGACAGUCAAAAUACAUGGGAACCUUCUAGUAAUGUAGAAGGUGAACAAGAAUCAGAACUACUAGCUGAAUAUGAAAUUUCCCACAAACAGCAACAACAAAAAAUGCUUAACUCUGGACCACGAUCUGCAAUCAAUAACUUUUCACCUAAUAAACGUAGAAAUGAAGAAGUCAAUAAUAAUAAUACUAUGAAAAAACGUCCCUCAGGUGGAAUCAGUGGCUUACAACCAUCAAAUACAUCGAGUGGUUUUGAUCGAGGAUUUGAAGCUGAAAAAGUUCUAGGUGCAACGGAUUCUGCUGGUGAACUUAUGUUAUUAGUAAAAUGGCGUCACUCCGAUGAAGCUGAUCUUGUUCCAGCACGUAUUGUUAAUGCUAAAUGUCCUGCGCUUGUUAUUCAAUUUUAUGAACAACAUUCAUUUUGGACUCGAUUACCAAAAGUAAACCAAAUGGUGGAUCUAUGA